UAAAUGUGAUGAAACCCAAGUUUAAGCCAAAGGGUUAACUAUGUGGUCGUUCAGGGUGAGAACAAGACCUACGAGUUAGGCAGAAGCUCAGCCUUCACCGUGAUAAAAGACCAACUUUAUGCAAUGUGAAGAUUGGCAGUCGAGCUCUGAAAAACCUGUUUGGCUUCUACCUGAGAUAGUAACUUGGACACUAUCUGAAGUUAUGAUGCAGCUAAGCGUUUAUUCAGGUCAAAUGGAAUGUUUGGGUUUCCUACACACAGGUGUCUUAUAUCACCGCAGUAAAAUGUUCCUGCAUAUCCUGGGACUGGUGCCCCUCUGGUUCAUCUAUCGCUGGUACAAGGAGAGAAAAAGAGUGAAAAACGUAGAAGAUAAAUAUGUCUACAUCACUGGCUGUGACUCUGGCUUUGGUAAUCUCCUCGCCAAGCACCUGGAAAAGCUGGGCUUUAGUGUGAUCGCAGGCUGUUACACUGAAAAAGGUGAGGAUGAGCUGAAGAAGACGGCCUCAGACAGACUGACGACCGUCUCCCUGGAUGUCACCGACUCUCAAAGCGUUGCCAAGGUAGCAGCUUUCAUCACGACUCUGGUCGGACAAAAAUACCUGUGGGCUGUCGUGAACAACGCUGGAGUCGGUGUGCCUUCUGGUCCCAAUGACUGGCUCACCAUAGAUGAUCACAAGCCCAUGUUAGCCGUCAAUCUUGUUGGCGUAAUCGACGUAACACUGAGCGUCCUGCCUCUCAUUAAGAAGGCCAGAGGCAGAGUGGUGAAUGUGGCCAGUGUGUUUGGGCGGAUCAGCACAUUUGGUGGAUCGUACUGCGUGUCCAAGUACGGAGUGGAGGCCUUCUCGGACAGCCUGCGUUUGAACAUGGCACAUUUUGGAGUAAAGGUAUGCUGCAUCGAGCCGGGCUUCUUCAAGACAAGUUUGACUGAGGCAGACAUGCUUAAAAACAACAUAUCAAGACUUUGGGAACAAAUACCUCAAGAUGUGAAGGACGACUAUGGAGCCCCCUUCUUGAAGACAUCCCUUGAUAUGUGUGAACUGAGGAUGAAACAGCUAGCAGAUGGGAACCUGAUGAAGGUGGUCCGUUCUAUGGAGCACGCCGUCUCUGCCGUUCACCCUCGCGUUCGCUACACUGUGGGAUGGGACGCAAAGUUAAUCUGGCUGCCUCUGUCCUACAUGCCCUCCUGGCUCUGUGAUCGUUUAAUGAUUAUGACUAGUCCCAGACCAAAAAUAUCUGUACUGUAGUUUCUAUGUAGUCUAAUAAAUAUUUAGCCCCAAAGGUCAAACAGUUGACAGCUGCAUAUUGUUACUAAAGUAUUAAAUAAAUCAAAUGUUCUGUAUAAUAAA